UCAACGUGACAUCGUACCAAUCACUUUUUUUUAUGUCGAAUAAGAUCGAUUUAAAAAUGCGCGCCAAAAACUCAGUGCCUCAACCCCGUCUAGUUUUCAUUACUCCGUCCACUUAUUCGAAUAAAGUGUUAAUAGGGCCUUGGGUUUACGACCGUCUCAAUGCCCAGUACAGCCCCCAAGAGUACAAAGACCACAUUACGACAUAUCGGGACCAUUUUCAACAAAAACAAAACUCAAGAAGCGACCUUACGGCAGUUUGGGACCAAAAACUAAAAUCUGAAGACAGUAAUUUCAUUCCACAAACCGGGCGGAGCGACUUUCCCAAUUACUUUGAUAAUUUUUCUAGCAUGUAUGACUUGUCGUUUAAUCAUUUUCCCAAGUGUGUGAACGAGAAUUUGGUGAGGAAACGCUUGAGGAAUGGUCACUAUAUACCACUUGAGGAGUAUUUACCGACUUUUGGCAAUAUGACCCAAACUGGCCUCGUCGAGUACAAAAAAGAGAAAUGGGAGUGUGAAUCGCAAGACCCACGACAGAAUCAAAUCACCCACUAUACCGACAAUUACGCAGCCCCCGAGCUCAAUGCUUACAAAUUUAAGCGAUUUGCGAUUCCCCUGACCAAUUCGUCCAUAAUGGACGCCACCAACUUGACAACGGUUGCCCUAAACCUAAGAAACCGACCAUCGUGUAAAGUGGUAUCCCCACAAGACUUGGUACCUGUCCCCAGACCCAGUCAUUUCAACCCAAUCACGUGGGAGUGCAUACCAGAAACACCACAAGUUUCAAAAAAAUGUAUUUAAAACAAAUACAGCUUAAUCUCAAACAAUUAAA